UCUCACUUAAGAGAAUGAAAACAAUAGGAAGACUUGGAGGAUAUACUUUAUGCGAAUCAUAAAGUAUGUGUACACACAGCAAUCUUAGACUUAAACUCAUUCUAUUCAUUUACAUGUGCUAAUCUCUAAGAAUUUUCAAAUGAAUGCGAGACACACAUUUAUGAUGGACAUAUCUGCAGUGGGUAAUUCAUGUUCAUCACGUAGCCAGCAGAAGAUGACUGUACUCGGGUCGUAUGACUAUAAAUUCAGUCGUAUUCUGAUCGUAUAAGCAUAAACUAUACAGAGAGCCGAGUAAAAAGUAUACUUUGUACAACAGCAAGUAUUUUCUCUCAAUAAUUUUUAACCGUAAAAUUCUAAUCGAAAUGUCGACAUUAUUGGUUGUACCAUUGAAGCGAACCGUUGAAUUGGAUACGGUGGAACCGUUCAUAAAUCUAUUCAACAAUUCAUACAAUGGAAAUAAUUUAAAUGCAAUUGAUUUUCCGUAUGCCAUAAGUGAGUUAAGUAAAUUAAGAAAUUUGGCCGUUGUUCGACCAUGUAUUAAAUUGGAAUCUCUGGACGUGAUUUAUAAUUAUUACGACCAAUUAUGUACGCUGGAAUCAAAACUGCCGAUGCAUAAAUUGCGAAUUCCGUACAAGUGGAAAGAUGCAUUCGGUAAAAAAAUGUUCAGAGGACGAAGCAGUUUAACAAUAUCAUCAUUGGCUUAUGAAAAGCGUUGUAUUCUAUUCAAUAUUGGUGCAAUGCAGAGUGCAAUCGCCGCAGCACAAGGAACGUAUCGAGAUGAUGGCUUUAAAUUGGCCACACAAUUGUUACAACGUAGUGCUGGCAUUUUUGCACAUUUAAAAAACAUCACCACGUGUUCCAUUCCAGAAGAAUUAACGCCCGAUUCGAGCCCAGAAGUAUUGCACGUUCUAUCAAACUUGAUGUUGGCACAGACUCAAGAGAUUUUUGUAUUAAAAGCGUUGAAACAUGUGAUGAAAGAUUCAACGGUCGCUAAACUCGCAAAUUCAUGUCAAAAAUUGUAUGCAAAAGUUUUACGAAGCCUGGAAAAAGACUCAGUUAGUUCAAUUUUGGAGAAAGAUUGGCAUGCAACCAUUGGUGCAAAGCAAGCAGGAUUUCAUGCUAUUUGUCAAUUGUAUCAGAGUUCUGUGUGUCGCAGCAACAAAACGAUUGGUGAAGAAGUCGCUCGACUUCAAUACGCUGUCAAACUAUUCAAAGCGGCUCAAUCGCGUUCGGGCAAAUCGAAUUUAUACGAAGAGUUUGCAUUACGUGCUCAACGUCAUUUGACAGAAUCAAAAAAAGACAAUGAUUUCAUAUAUCACGCAAAUGUUCCUGACAUAAAAUCACUUGAAGAUGUUGAAGACGCACAACUAGCAAAAAUUGAAGCAUUUACUACGCCAUUAUCAACAAAUUUAAAAGAUCUAUUUGUUCAUUUGGUGCCGGUAGUUUUACACCGGGCAAUUGUCGCAUCAGACACACGCCGAAAUGAGUUCACCAACGUUGAAAUCAUGAAAUUGAACGAAGCAACGCAGAAUUUGAAUGGAAGUUUAGCGAAUUUAAAUUUACCGGCAGCCAUCGAAGUGGCUGUUGACAGUACACUGCCGCGAUCAAUAAGAAAUAAAUUGAAAGACGUUCGUGAACGGGGCGGAAUAACAAGUCUACGUUUAUCAAUGAAUGAACUACCCAAAUUAUUGGAACGUAGCCAAACAAUUUUAAACGAAUGUGAUCGCAAAUUGAAUGAAGAAGCGAGCGGUGAUAAACGUUUGCGAAUUCAAUUGAAGGAAAAAUGGACACGAAUCGCAUCCGAACAAUUGACCAAAAAUAUUCGAUUGAAUAUCGAUAAAUAUCGUGUCAUCAUUCACAAUGCCAUCGCAGCGGACAAUGUUAUUCAAAAAUUAUUUGAAAAGCAUGCAGAUGGAAUGGAAAUGUUUUCAAAACCGUUAUCUGAACUAGAAGAACAAUGUCCACUUGGAAAUGUAAAUGCAAAUUGCACUUCGGCUCAAAAGUUGCGCAAAUUAUUGAAGAAAGUGGAUGCAAUUAAAACUGAACGCGAAGCGAUUGAAUCCGAAUUGAAUUCGAUUAAAUUUGAAGAUCAACACAUGGACAUGAGUUCCAGAAAGAAUGAUUCUAUUACAAAGCGAUUUUCUACAUUACGCAAACGCGUUAAUGAAAGUAUUGCACGGCAAACCAUUUUAAUUGAACACAUUAAAGUGGCUAGCAGUGAAUUUGAUAGAGAAUGCGUCGGUAGAUCUGAAGCACGUGAUGCAUUUCUUAUUAAAUUUGCAAAAAUUUAUGAUUGCUUCAUAACAUUGCAAACGAAUAUAAAAGAAGGCAGGAAAUUCUACAAAGAUCUCAUUUUUUUGCUUAUCACGUUUGAACAUAAGGUAUCUGAUUACUGUUGGGCGAGAAAAACCGAAAAAUUCAAUCUUUUGAAAUCUUUGGCAAAUCGAUCGUAAUAAAC